CCCGUCUUUUUUCCGGGUUUAAUAUCCAGUUUAGUUUUAGACUUUAGACUUUUAUUUCAGCAAAGAAGACAAAAUGGCGGGCGAUGGCGUGGAUAUUGAUUUGUACGACAAUUUAGAAGAAGGCUUUGAUCAGGAAAACGAGUUCAAUGCAGAUGAUGAUCUUUACAAUGACGUGAUCACAGCUCCCUCUAGUGGUGAUAAUGCAGAGGUAAAACAAGAGCCAGAUACACCGACCAAGACGACACCAUCAGUAACUGUCCCCUCUGGAUACACAGGGCGGAGAAUCAGCCUCUAUGUGGGCAAUCUCACCUGGUGGACAACAGACCAGGAUUUAAUUGAUUCUUUGGCAGCCAUAGGUGUAACAGAUUUGGUGGAAAUCAAGUUCUAUGAAAAUAGAGCAAAUGGACAGUCUAAAGGGUUUGCUGUUGUUGUUGUUGGUUCAGACAAUUCAUCUCGGUUGAUUUUUGAGAAGUUACCAAAGAAGGAGAUACAUGGACAGGUGCCACAAAUCUCUAACUGUAACAGACAGGCCUUGAGUCAGUUUGAGGCCCAGGCCCGGAAAGGAGAGCCUCCAGCACAGAAUGGAAAUACGAACAAAGGUCACCAAAGAAGUCACAGUCCUUCAAGGACCCAACAGAAGCAGCCAUUUGUGAAUCGCCAGCAACAGAGGCCCUCUGGCCCGACCGUGUCAGGGCCCCCACCCACAGGCCCACCCCCGACAGGUGCCCCAAUCAUGCCAGGUAUGCCACCGGUGUCUGGUCCUCCCCCACAGGUGCAGUUCCCACCAGGAUUUCCCCCAAGAACUCUGGGCCCUCCUCCAGCUGUUAUGAUGAGAGGUCCACCACCACCAAUAAGGGGACCACCCCCAGCGGACCCCAGGGGUCCCCCACCCAGACCCGAAUGGGACAGACCCCCAGGACCAGAUGUCUUUACUCAACCUCCACCUCCAGGCACACCUUACCCUCCACUUGGCCCUCCACCAGGACCUCAGCCGGUCCCACCUCCGGGAGCCCGACCCCCAGGACCUGGAAUGCCUCACCAGCAGCCCCCGAUUUCUAUCCCCCCUCCUGGACAUCCCCCAGCCCCGGCCCCUCAUGUCAACCCAGCCUUCUUCCCACCUCAACAUGGUGGACCACCUCCAACUAUGCCGCAUGCAGCGCCUGGACAUCACGACCCAUACAGAGCUCCACCCCCUGUGUCAUAUCCAAGUGAUCAUUAUGCCAGACCUCCAACAGAAAGACCUGAGCCACAGUCCCCAGCACUCAGUGAACAAGAGUUUGAAGAGAUAUUUCAGAGAAACAAAACGGUAUCUAGCAGUGCUAUUUCAAGAGCAGUUCAAGAUGCUAGUGCAGGUGAAUUUGCCAGUGCAAUAGAGACUUUGGUGACGGCCAUCUCUCUCAUCAAGCAGUCUAAGAUUGCCAGUGAUGAUCGCUGUAAGAUCCUGAUCAGCUCCUUGCAGGAUACACUUCAUGGAAUUGAGGAAAAGUCUUAUGGAUCCAAGAGCAGCAGCAGAAGGUCGAGGUCCAGAGAGAGGGACAGAGAGCGCAAGGAAAGAAGUCGCAGUCACAGAUCACGAAGUCGCGACAGGGAAAGAGAGUACCGAGAGAGAAGUCGAGAACGAGAUCGCCAUUAUGAGGCCGAGUCCAGUUCCUCUUCAUCUCGGUCUCACCGAGAUAGAGACAGAGAAAGAGACAGGGACAGGGAACGUGAAUACAGCAGCCGACGACAUUAAUUUUGCUUUUUAUUUGGUUUAUGUCAAGAUGUUUCACGCCUCACCUUUUUAUGUAAAUUCUACUAGUAGCAAGGACGUCGUUGUAAUUGCGUCAGUAUGUAUCAUGUUAUAUUAAUUUGUUCACUGGAUUAUUGCCGGAGACUCCAAAGUUAUCAUCGAGAGCGCACUCACCGAUGGAAAGUGUUCGAAAGAAGUGGAUAAUACAGACAGGAUAUUGAAGAUUGUCAGUGGAUGGAAUAUAGAAGAAUGUGCAACGGGAAAUUUUGCCAUGUGUUUGAUAUAGUUUUGAAAUAAAUGUGUUGUAAAUACA